AUGUCUGUGGGAGAAGUGGCUUUAUAUAUUAUGCGCGGCAAAAAUCCGGAAGAUGUCAUGCAAAUUUCCGAUACCCAGGGCACAACCAUGACCUACGAUACUGCUUUAACAACGGCCAUACGUAUUGCUCAACACUUUAAGAAAAUGCAGCUAACAGCUGAUGAUGUUGUGGGUAUUUUUGCUCCAAAUACCUUGUAUGUGGCACCAGUGGCUAUGGCCGCCUGGUUUAAUGGCACACCAUUUCAGGCCACAAAUUGUGCAUUUGAAACAAUAAUACUCUGUGAUGGCCAGUAUCAUGAAAAGGUUAAAAGCGCUUUAGAGUCUUUUAAUCCCUUAAUAUAUACUUUAUGUAAUCAUUUGGACAAUGUACCUAAGGUGGAAGACCUACUAGAGCCUACACUUACAGAGCAUUUUUUCUUCUUUUCCAAUGGCUCUUCAACUUUAUUUUCCACGAGUAACAUUGAUUGGUCCACCGGUCUCUUCACCUUAAUAGCAAAUGUUUUAGUGGGUGGCCGAAGACUUUUGACUACUAAACCUUUAACACCCGAAUAUUUACUCGAUUUAAUUGUCAAAUAUAAAAUCAAUUUUCUAUCUACAAAUCCUGAAAUUAUGCUGCAAUUAAGCUUAUUGCCCAAUUACAACUCAAAAACCAUGAAAAGUGUACGAUUGAUUUUUAUGACUGGCUCCUUUUGCUCAGAAGCCACUCUAAAACGCAUACGUUCCGCCUUAUUUUGGUCUAUAUCUAUGGUAACACCAAAUUUGGAGGUAUUGUUGGCAAUUUAG